UGGACCAAAUACAUCUUCUCAUCAUGAUCUUCCUCAAAACUAUGCUGCGGGUUGUGGACAAUUCUGGCGCAGAGCUUGUUGAGUGCAUCAAGGUACUUGGCAAGAAGCCAACCAACCACGCCAAUAUCGGCGACAAGGUCGUUGUCGUUGUCCAGAACGCAAAGUCUCUCAACCAGCAUCUCACAGGCGCAAGUGCCAGUAACAGAGUGAAGAGAGGCGACAUCUGUCGCGCGGUGAUUGUGCGCACCAAGUCGCCCACCCUCAGACCUGACGGAAGUGUGAUAAGAUUCGACGACAACGCUUGUGUUCUGAUCAACCAGAAGGACGAGCCGAUCGGAACAAGAGUGAAUGGAGUGGUUGCUAGAGAGCUUAGACGUAAGAACUUUAACAAACUUGUGACCUUGGCUCCAAAAGUGGUGUAAGGAGCGCAACGUUUAGUACUGUAUAUAUCGACAACCAGUGUUCUGUGUAAGGAUGUAGAAUUUCGAGAGAAAAAAACUUUUAGUAUAUUCUUCUUCAUGACGAGAGCAAGCCAGCUUCCAAAGGCCUCGCGGGCUUUGUUUCUGAAAGAUCUCCCGACGUCCCGUCUUGCGAGACAAAGGGAAAACCUAAACUUGAUUGCAAACUACAAGGAUUCCGCAUACAAGUUUCCCCAGGUGUCAAAAUUACAUCUGAUCUUUAAAAGUCACAACGCCUACGGUCACAUGGGAGCGAAGCAGUUCUGGAAGUGGAAUCUUCGGACGAUCUGUUUCCACAACCCCGAUGUGAAUAUUGAGGUCACGAGAGUCGACUGCCCAACAAAAGAAGAGCAACUGAAGUGUCCUAGUGUUUUGAAGGUGGUUUACGCGGAUGGUCGCGAAAAGAAGAUCGACUGCAAGAAUAAACACUCUGAUGAUAUUAUGAAAGAGCUGGUGGAACUCACGCAGGCUGUGAAGUGCCCCGAAGACGAGAUCCCAGUGCUUAAAAAAUAACUGUAUAUAGACGAAUAAACGUCAGUCAAGAAGAUUACG